UGAUGGAUACACGCAGCAAACAGAAACGUCUUGGCCCGGCGCCAAUUGCUUCAUUCGAAAAAUCCUUCGAGGAUCCUUCACCAUUGACUGUAGCUUCAAUAGCUGCACAAAAUGAAAUUGCUGAUGGAGGCAGCAAUAAUGGCGGAAUUGACUAUGGAGAAGAUGUUGGCCGACUGGAUGUAAACCAAGAGCACUUGGGAGAUAGUGAAAGAAGAAAUGAUGGCACAACCCGAGGACCAAAUGAGUGUGGCCAAUGGCAUGUGGAAGAGAUAUUGCACGUUAGGACACAACAACAACAAACAAAUAACAGCAACAACAACACAGUCGACGACGAUAACAACAACGACAACAGCGUUAUUAAUAAAUUUAACAUAUUUCCAAAUAACGACGGCAUAGAUUGCAAAAAACAAGACCAAAUGUUGGUCCGCAAUCAAAAUAGUGUCAAUAAACUGGGAACAGCAAAAAAUGCCAAUGAAGAGGAGGGGAUGGAUAUAAAUGAUGGCGGAACAACAUGUAAAAAGUCCAUAACAACGAAGCAAACGGCAAUGGCAACAUCCAUUAAAAUGACAACAACAGCGGCAGCAGGAGCCGAUGCCCCCCAAACCACAACAACGGCCAAAGGAGGUGGCGGUGGCAGCGGCAGACAGGACAAUGGCAAUCGGACAACAGUAUCAACAAAAAUACCACCAGCACCACCCACAAGAUCGGCCACCACGACAACCACAACAAAAACAUCAUCGUCGAACAGCACAGCCACAAAUACACUGAACCCAACAACACCGCGUAUCGAAUUGAGUCGUGCCUCAUCAUCGUCACAUCAUGAGGAAGAUAGUCGCGAUAGCAGUCCUGAAAAUGUCUUUGAACAGGUGGGCACUGGCACCCUACAGGAAUCACUGGAUAUGGGUUUUCGCGAGGAAGGUGCUUUGGAAUUACGCAGCUCAACGGAGGAAUUGUAUUUCAUGGAUCCACAGCAUAAAAAGGAAGAGGAAGCGAAAUUGCAGCAAUUAUUACAGCAGGCGAAACGUUCAUCACCGCACAUGUUUAAAUUGGAAGAUCACCAGCAAACCUAUUUGCAACAACAUCAACGCAAAGAUUCCGCCAGCUCUGAGGUAGCCGCUCUCCUUUGCAUUUCUGGACGCACUAGUCGUAUUUCCAGUGUCGGCAGUCAGGGCUCGGCCGUAAGUCGCCUAUCCGCCGUAUCGGGCGUCUCCCGAUCCCCCUCACCCCAUCGUAUGCUACUCGAAACAUCAUUUUGUGGUCCAAAACCUGUUGAGACUGUUAUUGGUGUUAGUAUCGGUUCGGUGGCCGAUCAUCCAGCGACAGCGUUACUCGAACAAGUGCUGCUCGCCCGAAAUCAAGACACCACCCAGGCUAUAUUAGCCGAGGGUAUACAAUUGGAAUCGUCACCGAAACGCCGGCCACCCACAUCUCUGACCAACGGCGAUGCCAAGCUGACGGCCAAGAUCAAGGCCCAAAAUCAACCGGAAACACGCGAUGUCAAUGAAAUCUCCGUGAUGGGCGCUCAGCGUGCCUCCACCAAAAGUCCCGGUCAAAUGAUUGUCGGUAAGACUCCCAGCGGUACCGAGUACAUACGUAUUAACCUUAAACCCGAUCACAUGUACGAUGAUCAGGGUAUUGCGCCCCAUGAGAAAAUUGUAGAUGCCCCCGAUUCGCUAGUUCCCCCGUAUGCUCGUUCUCAAACAAAACCUGCCUCUCUGUGUCUAACACAAAAAUCUAAAGGAGAUAAUCUUUUAACACCCACAGUGAGUCCCAAGCCUUCACGCAAAUCCAAGGACCAUGGUAGUCGUUCGCCUUCACCUGCUACCGUAUCGGUUUCCAGGAAAUCCUCGUUCAGUUCGUUAUUCCGCUUCGGCGGCGGUGGUGGCAAGGAUUCGCCCGACUCGCCACGCGAUCGUGCCAGGCCACGCAGUAAAAGUAAAGAACGUGGUCAGACGCCCCAGUCUCAGAACCCCACUCCAAACAAGCAGAAAUCCGUACUGGCCAUAUUUAAGCCCGGAAAACGUGGUAGCUCUGCGGGAGCCGAGAGCACCCGGGCAUCCAAAUCAUCUUCUCCGGUGGACUCGCAUGAAAUGCAACAACUACAGCCGAGGAGUAAAUCCCAAACACCUGUCGUCUCGGCCAGUGGUUCAAGGCCUAACAGUCGCCUCCGCUACUACGACGACCCGGUGGAUGGUUACAUACACAUACCGCUGCAUACCCCACCCGAAGAAAAAGAAGCACGCAAAAUAUUCCAGAACAUUGAAAGCCUUAAUAAACCUGCGCCAGUUAUGGCGGAGCCGCCCAUAAAACCGCCUCCCCAGGCCACGGCCAUUACGAUGAGCGAUCUACAGGCCGCCGUUAAAAAUCUCAAACCAGUAGGGGCCCGAAAAAACUCGAUUACGGGGGCACAUCAAAACAGACAGAUUCAGCCGAAGCAGCAGCACCGAACUCCAGCGGCUCCUCUUAAACACAUCGAGAACUUGGACGCCAUUCACUCCCUCUCUCAGGACGAUGAGAACAAGGAGCGCAACUGGAGUCUGGAGGUAAAUCGUCACAGUUCUCAAGACUCUCAGGAGACUGUCGGCUCGGGUGAAAGCUAUGCCAGUGCCAUACGGGUGGUGACCACCCAGAAACCCCAGCUGGCCGAAGUCAAGGAGCAUGUCGUGCAAGAGAAUGGCGUGGAAGCCGAAAUCCAUCGCCUGCCCUCAGUGGAAAGUACAACUAGUGCGGCCGAAGUAAGGGUAGUCGAAACCAAGGCCACCAUCAACAGUGCCGGCAUGCUCGAAGGUGAUGCCAACACCAAGGAGAGGCGUAAGAUCCUAUUCACCACCCGCCUGGGAAGCGGAAGCCAAGAUCAGGUAUUCGCCACCCAGUUCAGCAUAUCGAAGACGGACAGUGUCUCCAGCCACAUGUCCGAAAAUACCCAAGACACACUGUCCGCCGAGUCCACCAAUGACAAUUUACGUCGUCAAAAUACGGUCAUCAAGAAGUCACGCGAGGAAGUCAGUGACGCAGCCGUUCCUCUAAGCCGAAAGGAAUCCUUCACCAUGGAACGCAAAGAUUCCUUGAAAAUGUCUCGCAAAGAUUCCUUCAAAAUGGAACGCCCCUCGGAGCCACCCAGAACUGUGGAACGUAAAGAAUCAUUUAAAUUGGAACGCAAGGAGUCCUUCAAGAAGUCUCCCCAGGCCAUAGCACAAAUCGAAGAGCAGCGGGAAAUCAUUAAGAAGUCCGAGACGAGAGAUUCCCUAAAGAAACAGGACUCCCAUGAGCGCUUCAUGGCGACACGCAAGAAGUCCGUAUCCACAUCGGAGGAUGAAGCAAAGCGGCGUUCCAGUUCCUCGACUGGACCACCAGUUGUUCUGAGACGCAAACCCUCCGCCGGUGAGGAAUUUGCCAAGGCGCAUCAGUCACGUUCCACAUCGGAAGAUGACAACGAGGUGGCCAUGGCCAAUCAUCGGCAUUCGCGCUACUUGGAAAGUUUUGAUGUGCGCAAGAAGUACCAUGAGAAUGUGCAGGGUCCACCAGUUCCACGCAAACCCCGAAGACAAAGUGGCGGUGGUGGCCCAGAUGCCAACCCACCUGAAACCUCAACUAUACAAACCUCCCAGGAGCAAACCAAAGAGCAAUAUCAACGUAAACCACAACCACAGCUGCCUCAACCUCCGCCACCCUCUACAGAUCCCACACCACUACCCUCACCCUCGCUUAGAGAAAUGGAAAAUGCCACACCAACACCGUCUGGGCAACAGAAGAGUGAGCCUCGUUCCCAGUCCCAAUCGCCUGUAGAUAAAGCCCGACAAACACCUCCCAAGCCGCCGCGGACUUCGACGCCUACUCGUCGUUCACAGGCUGCUUCGCCCACAAAAACAUCCUCCUCGUCUGUUCCUACUUCAUCGGCGGCGGCAGUGAGCCAAGUGGGUUCUGGUACUCCUAUCAAAAAGCCAUAUUCGCACAUCGAUAGACAAUCAGUUCACUCUACCGAUGAACCUGUCGAGUCUUCGGAGUCGGAACGUGACUCAGAUUUGGCGGCGGCUGAAUUGAAACGACGUCACCUUUCCCUAAAUGUGGGCUGUAUUGAAGAUCACGAAAGCACUGGUCUGGUGUCACAGGAAUCGUUUGACGAUGAGCUUCCCUAUAUACCCACAAAUCUGCCCGAGGAGAAGGCCCAGCCUGUGUCGCUGAUACCCAUGAAGGAUCGGGCCAAUAUGGAAUUGAAAACCUGUCCAGUGGAGAGACCACGUUCCACCACACCACUCAAUCCUUCGCAUCUGGAGGAGUAUUGUGGCAUUGUGAAUACACCCGAUGCAAUGCACGACUUUCCAGGUUCGGCACCGGUUCGUGGGGAAAAGUUGAGGAUCAGUUUGCCACGUAAGGAUUCCAAAAAGGAUAUACAAAGUAGUAAAUCACCACGACGUGUCUCCAAUGCCAGUGGGAAGUCAUGGUUUGAGUUUGCCGAGGAAGGUCUGCGUGCCACGACUGCCCACUUGGAACGCAGAGAUUCGAAUAAACAGCUGAUGCAGCAGAAACCGCCAACUACAGUGGCGGCCAGAGAGCCAACACAACCACCUACCAAACCCAAACAAGAGGUAACAAAACCCAAAACUCCAACCACCAAACCUAGAACUCCGACACAAAGAAAACUUUCCGGUCAUUGGAUUGACUUUGAAAAUAUUCCAGAAAAACGAAAAGCACCCAAGAAAAUAACCACCUUGCCACGGGACAGUAGCAGUGUAAAAGCCUCCAACACCACCUCGUCCACCCUAACACAGUCAAGGUCCACAACGCAUGGGAAGAGUUUGGCCGCGGCGGGUGAUGCAGCAUUUAAGACCCAGCAAGCUUUUGAGGUACCCAAGACACAAACAUCCGAUGCUGUUGUUGCUGCCAACGCUGCAGCUUCCCCCGGAAGUCGUUCAACGGUAACAACCGAUGGAGCUGGCACACCUCAUUAUGAUUAUGUCAAACCAGAAGACUGUCAAUGUGAAUGUCAUGAAUCGGGAAAGGGAAAGGAAAUGUCAACAACAACCACAACUGGGUGUGCAGAGAGUGGUGUAGCGUCAUCAACGUGUGCGGGUAAAGUUGGUAACACUGCUGCAGCGAGUGGUAAACCUCAACAACAACAGGGUGUAGAUCUUUUGCAACAGGGUGCCGAUGAUAUGCUGCCGUUAUUGAGUCAAGAUUCUCACGAUGGCAUUGAACCAAGUGACUCAUCACGAGAAUUUAGCUGCUAUACAGAUGAUGAAAUGGAUUUGCCCACACGUAGUUCUAGUCGUUCCAAAAGUAGUUCUUCAAAGGUGGAUGAAUUUCCCCGUCGUGAUGUCCCAGCUCACAAUGUUAGACAUAAGAAAUUUCCCGAUAAAUAA